AAAAAAAAACCUUCUCCAAUUCACCAUUAACCAGCUUUUAUUUUCCAUCUUUACUUUAAUUAAUUUCUCUCUCCUCUUCAUCACAUCACAUCAUAUCAUAUACCGCCUAACCAAAAAUAUAACCCAUCAAUAAAUUAAUUCAAUUCCAAACAAACCGCCUUUCUUCUUUCCUAAGAAAAAGGAUAAUUUAAUUUUAAUUUUUGAAAAAAUCAACAUCAUCUUCUUCCUUUUCUCUUUCUCUCUCCUCAAACUUCCUCACUUUUUUCGAGGCUCAAAUAAAGCAUCCAUUACCUCACCACCUCCCCAAAUUUCACCAUUUAUUUAUUUAUUUUAUAACCCAAAAAAAAAAAAUCUCCAGUUUUUAAAAUCACAAACAAACAUUAAUUUCCCAGAUCUAAAAAUUUCCCAUUUUCUGAUUUUCCCCCCUUUUUCUCUCUCUUCUUCCUCUCAGAUCUGAACCCUAACAAUUCCUUCCUUUCUCUCUCCUCUCUAUCAAUCUCAAAUCUCUGCAACUUUUCCUCUUCAUCAAUGGUGGUUAACGCUAGGUCGUUGAAACGUAUGAAGCGCCGUGUCACCGCCGAGUUUCCGGACUUCCUAAGUUUUCCGGCGCCGGGAUCUGGCCAGAGAAUCGCCGGAGCUCCGUUUAGGUCUAACAUCAAGGCGUUUCUAGCGCGUCACGCGCUUCUUCCUCCGCCGUCUUCUCUCCUCCCUCACCUCGUGACGUGGCAGGUCCUCUUCCGCGCCGGUGACUCGCCGGAGUCGCCGGUAAACUCGUCUCCUCCGGUCGUUUGCGUCGAUGUUGUCGAGGAAGACGUCGCCAGAUCCAGAUCUGUGUACUGCGACCAGUGCCGAGUCGUUGGAUGGAGUGGGCAUCCAGUAUGCACAAAGAGGUAUCAUUUCAUAAUUAAAGCAGAUGGGAACUCAAUUGGUGGGUUUGUUAAGCCAUGUCCUAAAUGUGGUGAUUCUAUCCAUCUUGCUGAUCCUAGGUGUAAGACAUGCCAGCAUGUGAUGACUUCUGAUGAGACUGAAGACUGGGUGUAUAACCAGUUGGAGGACACUACUCAUCUAUUGCACGGUGUUGUACAUGCUAAUGGAUAUGGACACCUUCUUAGAGUCAAUGGUAGAGAAGGUGGUUCAAGGGUCCUUUCAGGAACUGAUAUUAUGGACUUCUGGGAUCGCCUAUGUAAAUAUCUUGGAGUCAGAAAGAUCAGUGUCAUGGAUGUAUCCAAAAAGUAUGGGAUGGAGUACCGGCUUCUUCAUGCUAUUACAAAGGGGCACCCAUGGUAUGGGAACUGGGGAUAUGAGUUUGGGUCUGGAAGCUUUGCCCUUACUCAAGAUUCCUAUAGAGAUGCUGUCGAAACUCUCUCCAAUUUGCCACUCUCUUUCUUCAUCUGUCAAGGGAGGAAGCCACGCACUCACAUUCAGGAUUUGAUAUUUUUUUACCAGUCUCUCUCAGAAUGUGAGCUUGUAAAUAUGAGGGACCUCUUUUACUUUGUGAUGAGUUUGGUCCAUGAUGUGCAAAAAUCAUCCCUUGUCAGUGAAGAUUCAUUCAAAAAGCGUCGAUCUUGUGCACCAGGGGUCUUGUGUGCAUGGACGACAAGUGACAUCAAACGAGUUGAGGCUGCUAUGAUCAGAGUUUUACGUGCAGUUACAGGUUCCAAAUGGGUGAGUUGGCGUACCCUGAGAGGGGCUGUUUGUAAAGUAGGCUCUCCAGAGCUACUGGAUUACUGUCUCAAGGAACUUGGUGGCAAGCAGACUCCUGAAGGAAUGAUUGUUCAUGCUCGUUGUAACCCUAAUACUGGUGCACUUGAGUAUAGGGUCGAGUCUGGAAACUUCUCUCUGUUAGGCAGUUCUGGGUGUACAUAUCCUUCUUCUCUGAACUACCCAUCCAGAGAAAAAAUUCUACAGGACAUGAGAUUUUUGUAUGAAAAUCUACUUCAUCCCCUGACUAUGAUGACCUUUGGGCCCAAGGGAAGACGGGAGUGUGCAGUCAGUGCGGCAUCAAGACUUCUUGAUUGCAAGCAGUUUGUGAAGAACUACAAGCCUGAGACCACAUUAUCACCUGAGAAUCCCUCUGCCAUCUUGAUAUAUUGCCAAGUAGAACUACCUGAGUACCUAUCAGAAGAGCACACUAUAAGGCCACCACCAGAACUCAUUGUACUACCACUAAAGGCCACAAUUUCUGACCUUAAAGUUGAAGCUUCGAAGGUUUUUCAGGAAGUUUACAUAAUGCUUAAAGGGUUUCAAGCAGAAGAGCUAGUUGACUAUCGAGGUGUAGAGGAUUCCACCCAAGUCAGGCUUUUGUUUCCUUCUCUCCUGACUGUGAGGAUUCGGGGCAGGUGUCCCUUGAAGAACGGGCUGGGCCGUUUCCGUUCUGAAAGAGGGGUCGAGCGAUGGACAGUGGAGUGUGGCUGUGGGGCCCAUGAUGACGAUGGAGAAAGAAUGUUGGCAUGUGAUGGGUGUGGUGUUUGGCAGCACACUAGGUGUGCUGGAAUUCUGGACUCUGAAGCUGUGCCAGCAAAGUUUCUUUGCAUUAAGUGCGGAGGCACGAGCCAGAUGGCCAUUGAUAAUGUAGGGUUGAACUGCAAGGAUGAGUCUAUCAUGAUCGGUGGUGGAGGUGGUAAAAGCUUGGCUAUGCUGUUUGAUGUACGUUAGGUUAGACCUUUUGGUUUUUGCUUUUUGCCCUUGUAAAUUCCUUUUUAGGGUUUUUUUUCAGGCCGACGAGGAAAACAUGUACAUAUCUUCAGAAGGGCCUGAAGAACACUUCAGUUGCAGUAGUCACUCUAGUCAGUAGGAAUCCCUUUUAAAUUUUUUGGGUUUAAUUUAAGCUCCACUCUUUUUUGUAAUUUGUAAAUGCUAUGCGCUCUAACUGCGCGGGAUGGAGCUUUGUAGAUACUGAAAUGAAAAGUUAAAAAAAUGACAAGAAAAAAAAAAUUCUAACUUAA